CGGCGGGGCGGGGGCCGCGCUGAGGGGGCAGCGCCGGGGUGGGGCCCUCCUUCGCCUUCGGGAGCUCGCCCGCCGGCGGCUCCCUCCCUGCCCGCUCUCCCCCCGCCCGAUGCGCGCUGACCCCGCUCCCUGGAGCCCGGGGGCGGCCGGUGGGGGGUGUGGGGCCUGCUGAGGGGUCUUUUCUCAAGUCUCUCAGAGCUGCAGAGCGGGGCUGCAGCGGGGCCCGGGGCUGUGGCACGGCUGUGGCACCGGCUCUCACCAAGGCAAAUCCCCCGCUCACGGCGGGUUCCAGCCGUUCCCAGCAGUGUCUUCCCGGCCCCCGCAGCGUGCCCAGGACACGCUCAGGGGGCCCCGUGCGAGGUCUCUCGCUUACUUUUGGACUUGGACAGACCUAAUCUGUGAAGAUAAUUAAAGUUCCUGUGCUCUGGAUGCUCCCAGGAUGCCGCCGCUGCCGGGCGCCGAGCGGGUGCGGAGCGCGGUGCAGCUCUACCGGUACCUGCUGCGCUGCUGCCGCCGCCUGCCCGAGGGGAGCGUCCGCCAGCACUACCGGCACACCGUCCGGCAGAGUUUCAAAGUUCAUGCUGAUGAAGAUGACCCUGAGCGAAUCCAGCAGAUCAUUAAAAGAGCCAUUGAAGAUGCUGACUGGGUGAUGAAUAAAUAUGAAAAACAGAAGAAGAGGAAGGAUGAAGACAAGGACACUGGUAAACAUCCUUAGAGGACUUGCAGUCAAGCCCAGUGCUGUAUUAGAAUUAUUGCCUGAAGUUUUCUCUUAGAUACUACAAAUGCAGUAAUUUAUAUCUCACUGGAAUGUCAUGAAGCUAAAUUAAUAUUUCUGAAGCUAUUUAAGUGUGUAAAUGAAAAGGCACAGUCGAGGUUAAAACUCUUGCCUUGUAUAAUCACAAAUUUUAAGUUAAAGCCCAAACUUGUCUAAGCUUUGAGUAACUUCCUCCAUUGUAUGUUAGGCCUGGAUCAACCCUGGCAGUGUGUGAGGCACAUUUUGCAGGUUCUUUGGUGACAAGGCUCCCCUGCAUCAGCCACUGUGGGUUUUGGUGGCUGAGCAGUUCAGCUGUGUGUGUGUGACACUGAUGGCACUGUCACUCUGAGAGGUCACAUCAUCCUCUCUGGGGACCAGAGGUGUGUUCACAGUGAAGAGAGGUAUGACCAGAGCACAGGGCUGGGUUUGAUCCAACAGCAAACUCAAAAGCCUGGGCUGCCGAGGGGAGAACAUGCCACGAGAACUUUCACCCCUUCUGAAGGCUGAACCACAGUAAUUUCCACUUGCCUGUCCAUGCUAUGGCCACAUCUUCCCUCUGCUCUGGGGGCUGUUGGACUGCUGGCUGUCUCAGUAAAGUCAGGGGCUGUCACUGCUCUCUGAGCUGCCACGGGAACAGCCCCUGCUGGGUCGGGAACAGCCCCUGAAGGGUCAGGAACAUCCCCUGCUCUGUCGGGAACAGCCCCUGAAGGGUCAGGAACAUCCCCUGCUCUGUCGGGAACAGCCCCUGCUCCCCCGGGUUCGUGCUCGGGGCAGUCACUGCCCGUGCGAUGCUGUACAGCUCAGAGGCCUGCACGGCUCUUUGCAACACAGAAUAAAUGUCCUUUCAAAA